UCGUCGAGGAUCGAAGUACGAGUGGAUUUUGGGUGCAAUUGAGUAGCUGAACGUUUCAGGAUACGUUUACGAUGUGACGGACGUUUUAGUGAUUGAUUUGUGGUCCAACAAAAGGAAAAAAAAACAAUCUAGUGACAUUCAUUCUUUGGAUGCUUUUCAACAGUACCCUUAUGUUGGAAAGAUAUGUAAAAUGAGUGAGAAGCGCCAGUUUACACGAUACUCGGUGGUGACGAUCGUGUUUCUUCAAUUAGUGAUAAGUCAAUCAGUCAACAGUGCCAAAGUGGACAAGGUAGUAGUAGUGAUGCCCAAAGGGCCACGGACACUACAGAUGCUAGGAUCUAUAAGCCCCCAGUUGUUACAUACGAUCAGUGACGUUCUGAAGCCUGUACCAUCCAAUGUUAUUCAGAUACCGGUUCCUUACUAUCCGGAUGCGAUAAAAUCGUUGAAAGGCAAAAGGCAUAAACAUGGAACUUCGAAAGCGCUUCACCAUGCAUAUUUCAAUAAUCCGUUUUCCCAAUCAGUUUCGUUCAGUUUAGAUUUGAAAAACACACAGCCAGGUCCGUAUGACACUCCAUUCACCCCGGUAUUGAAACCAAGUCCGGUUAAUCCGAUACGGGUGGAAAAUCCACCAGACCUACAAUUCACACCGAUAAACCUGCUUCCGUUGGAGCCACCUUCGUUCGAUACGAUUCGGAACUAUGUGCAGAAGCUCAAAGUCAAGCAAAAAGCUUUCUUCGACAGCCAGGGCUAUGACUUCGGUCUGUCUGUAGUACCGCCAGUGAAGCAUUAUGACUAUCCGAAGAAAAAAAGGUACAAGCACAAAUACAGUAAACCUAGCUAUGAAUACCUUUUCUCGUCGCACCCGAACGAACUGACCCAUAUUGGUCAGGCCAACCUGAGUCCGGCAGAAGAAACCGUAAAUGUGUACUUCACCGAAUCCAAUGCAGGUCAAUCCAGUCAUUCCAAUAAUGCCGAAGGACAUGAGUUCGUCAUUCCACCGGACGCUGACUUCAAUCCGGCACUUCCGCUCGGCGGUAUCGUUGAUCCGGAAGACGCACACUUCGAACAAAAGGGUGAAGAUUUAGUGUUGAAAACAAAGCAUCCCCAUGCGGCGGUCGUUACUCCGGAAGAGUUGGAGUAUUUCACCCAUCACACACAGAAAGAACAUGGUUUCGCUUCGAAGCAGACCAAAAACGAAUUCGGCAGUAGCAAUUUGAAUUCCGUGCAUCAUCGCGAUAAGCGCUAUAAAAACGAUAGGUUAGGUCGAUCCGACGGCAGUUUUAAUGUUGACGCGGAUUUUUACGAUUCCGAUGAGUUGAAAAAAGCUCUAAGUGAUGAUGAUUUCUAUGACGUGGAUGAGGUAAAGGCACACCAGAGUUUUGAACCGAAAAAAACAUACUCCCAAGUUCGGCAUCAAGUGACGACAAGAAAAGGCAGUCAACCUUCGGAUGAUUCUCCUCGAAUAAGGGAAAAAAUAACCAUUUCCAAAACUAACAUUGUCUACUCGGAACAAGGACAGGAGAGUAAUAAAUUCGAUCAUAAAGAAGAAGGAUCCUCGGGACAGUUCCACUCAAAAGCAAAAAAACCGAAGAAGUAUAGGAGAAAACGAGAGGUUUCGAAUGAACCAGUGCCAGAAGAAACGGAUGAAGCAUCCGUUUCCGAAGAACACGAAUCUGACGAGUUGUACGAAGAAUUUAACAGUAAGGAAAAUGAAGUAGACUAUGAGCUGGAACCGAUGGACUCGACAACGCAGAACGACACUGAAACUCUUCUGCUUCCGUACGCACAGGCCUUGGUUUUCCAGAAUGAUACGGACACGAUUUGGUUGCCUCUGCCAGAGGCACUAGUUGAUCCACGAGAGUUGCAAGGACAGGAGCUGCUCAACUUCCUAGACGAAGCAAUCAGAAACUCAACGAAAUAUCUACCAAAGGAAAAGAAAAAGAAACGCAUCAAGAUAAGUCCUGAUAUAAAAAGAUUGCAGGGCCAAGAAUUAAUACAGUUUCUAGACGAUGCGAUCAAGGUUUCGAAUCAAUAUUUGGUGGGUGACUCCAUCGUCUCCGGUUCUGGGGAUGCGAUUGAACUGGUCAAUCCUCCGCAGUUCAACAGUAGUGAGGGAGUUCCAGGGAAUGCAACUGUGACCAAUCAAGAACAACAACAACGAAAUCAUCAAGGGAUUCAGUUCAAGGAGGAUGCUGCUCGCGCAGAACAGAUCCAUGGGGACGUUCGUCAAUACACCAGAAACCAUCGACUUGACGACGUACCACACAAUUUCGAAGCGGUAAAUUUCGUAAGACCGCUCAAUACGUUGUUGCAUCUUCAGAAGGAUGCACAAUCAAAUGAUUACGAGAUUGAAUUUGAGCAGGAUACGGAACCAGAUCCCAAAGAACUACACGGCGAAGAGUUACUGCGAUAUAUGGAUAAGAUAAUUGCUGGAACGUCUGUCCAUAUUCCUAAGCGAUUUGAACACCGAAACUUCACAUCUCCCUAUUUGGAUAGAGCUUUCCAUUACAUGGACAUUGAUACGGCGUUGAAAUAUGCGGAUAAUGUUUCUGAUCAUAUAUCGGAUUAUCUGACUGCUAGAGAGCUUGACAAACAGAAGAAGGAUCAGGAUCAAGAACCAUUACUAUUAAGUGAGAGUGGGUUCGUGCCUGUUAGAAGCCCACAUGCCGUUGAAUCCAACACUAAAUACUCAUCAUCUAAGCAUCCAGCUUUUGUCGGAGUACCAUUAGAUGCGUACAAGAAUUCUCAUCAAAAACAGUCUAACCCUGCAGUGGUUGUAUAUAAUGAUGUUAUUAGGCAUAUUAAAAAUCAUUUAUCCAGUAGUGAGAAAUCCAAGUCAAAAGAUCGGCACAUGUUGAUGAUCGCAGUUCCUCGUAGUUUACGCGAAAACCACAGUGAAGAGUCUCAGCGAAGGAUAGAUUUUGGGUAUGAUAAUUUCCCGAGAGCGAAAGUGUUUUCCCUUCCCAUAUUUGACAUUACCAAGUUCUAUCCAUCCGCCAAUCUAGCGACAUAUCAUAAUGAAGACGAUCAAACCGAUUUGGAAUUUGAUCCAUCGAAACAAGUGAAAGACAUCAUAGAAAAAGAGGCAGAACGAUUGGUCGAAAGUUCUAACCAAUCAACGGGAACCAAGCAAAGUCAAAUCUCAAAAACUGGCAUAACAGAGCACGAGAGGGAUGAUAUUUCCGACGCAUUCGGAGGUGUUCCCUAUAAAAAACCCCACGUCAAUCAAAACAUACCCAUUAAGCCGUACGCGGUGAAGGAGAAAUUUCGCGAUUCUCCACAGCCAACCUUUAAGAAACCUGGUCCACCGUACGCCGCACUACCGGUUCCGCCUAGCAACACCAAAACGAAGGUGGCAGCGCUGAACACGGUACCGAAAAAACGAACGGUCAACCACCCUCCACCACCGCAUCUGACACUGAAGCGAAAAAGGCAUCCCCAGCACUACCGGAAAAGCGUGAAGCGAGUGCCUUUGAGGCGGAAAACAGUGCGCAUCAUCAAACGCCACUGAUGGCGUUUUGCUUCGUCGCGUACACUACGGUGAGCUAUUCUGUGCACCGAAUAUCGGAAACUAUAGUGUUAAGAGGCUGCUCCAGAGAUGAGCUUUUUUCGAGGUUUGAUUAGUGAGAUCCGUGGAACUUGUUCCCUAAUGAGCAGGUCGUUUCCAUGUGAGCUAUUUAAUGAGUUUGUCCGAACAUCGCAUACUUGGGAAGACUCCUUAACCCCGUUACCUACUGAAUAGCCAAAACAAAAUACUCCUGAUGCUAGGUAACAAACAAACAAACAAACAAACAAAAUUAGGUAAAGAGAUGUAAGCUGUGUUAUUUAUUUUUCCCAAAAGACUUCAGUCAGUUACAAAACGAGUAGCCCAAAAUACGGAAGAAACCAGUGAAUGAAGCGAGUAUUAUUA